AUGGCCAAAGUCGACGACACAUCGGAGCCCCAGUCGGCGUCGUACAGCACCUGGUCCGGUCCCCCAGGCCGGAUCAACGUCUUGACCCGCCAGGGCGUGGCCCUCCCCAUGAUCGCCCUCCUCUAUACGGCCUCGACCCCGUUCACGCCCUUCGUCUGGCUGCUCAACCUCGACGGCAGCUCCCUCUUCGACCGCCUCUUCGCCGGCAUCGCCAUGCUGGGCGCCUGCUACUUCCAGUGGCACAUCGCCAGCAUCACGCGGCCCCUCGCCAUCGCCCUCCCGGGACCGUCAGGCACGACUGUCCGCAACGGCCGCGUCGAGAGGAGCGCGCCCGUGGGCUUCGUCUGGCACCCGAGCAACUACUGGCCCUACGUCGUCUGCGAGGCCAUGCUCCUCGCCGCGGCCGAGUUCGGGCCCAGCGAGCUGCUGAGGAGGACCGUCGUCUGCGGCGUCGUGGCUGGGCUCUGGCUCAUUGGCUUCAACGCUACCCCCGAGUCUACGAAGCGCUGGGCGUAUGAACAGAUCAAGGCUUGGAUGUUCUGGAUGGUUCUGAGUGAGAUGAUUGGUAUUGGGGCGAGGAGCUCCGGCGCACGCCGUCGCAGAUAUUGA